UAAGGAGGCUGAGCUCCCGCGAGCCUCCACGUUUGCCUCGAGGUGCGCACCAGGCUCAACCUUGCGAUGGAAGCCGAAGCUUCUCCGCCGGUGGGAUCUCCCCCUUGCUUCCUGUGGUUCCAGAGGCCUGGCGUCUACAAGGAUGAGAAGGGGAGGAUCUGGGUGGCUGUGGCUCUGCAGAUCAAUCCCUCCCUCCAAGCUCGGGGCAGCGGGGCCCCUGAGAGCACACAUGAAGUCAGCAUCACGGUCCAUCUGUGGCAGUUACCCAGCCAGAUGCCCAGGCCCCCCAGCUGUCUGUUUGUGUCUGGGCUGCCCAUGAAGUGGGAGCUCUAUCCCGGGCGAAGGUACCAAGGAACGGAUUCCAGACUCUGGGAGAUAGUGGACCAUGGCCAGGUCAUCUCCACGGAAAAUCUGGUCCUCAGACGUCUGCCAAGUGGGAGCCACUGAUGAGGCUGGUAGGUCAGGCCUGGAGACUCUCAACGCGGAGGGCCGCCCCUCUUUUCAGGAAGACCCCACCAGUCACCUUGCCCUCAGGCUGUUUCUUGAGUUUUUCUUACAUAACCACCCCUUUCCUCCCCGUCCCAACCCCAUUGGACAGUGAUUUCCACCAGGGACAGACCCCCCAGUUCAUUCACAAAGCACUGAAUAAUGGUUCUCACUCAGUUCUCUGAAGAAUGAGGUGUACCUAUGAACAUCUCGUGUUACAGACAAGGAAACAGGCUCUGAGAGCUGGAAGGCUUUCCCUGAGACCACAGAGCCUGGAAAGAGCCGCGAUCAAGCUUGGAUCCACUGACCUCAGAACUCUUUAAGGCUGACCUUGACACUGGGACGCCACAAGUCUGGUCGAUGGCAGUGGCCUUUGGGGACCCUGCGGUGACCCACAGAGGCUUCUCCCUGAGAUGGGCAGCAGCCUGAAUUGCUGCUGAGGGCCUCGAGUAAGGCCUGCUGUCCUACCCCUGGUCCUGCCCCGACCGGGCGCCCGCCCAGUUCCUCCAAGCAUCCCUGACUGUCUUCCCCUUUUGUCUUCCCCCAGACCCGGCUGGCCCUGUGUCUUCAGCGAGAAUCCCUAUGCACCUGCUCAUUGGUUUGCACACCUAGGGGCCGGGCCCCGUCCUCUCUGCAUUUCCCAUCCCCUCCUCCUGCUUCGGCUUCUCUGCACACUUUGCCUUCUUUGUGCCGUCCUCCAGGUGCCCCGCCCCUCCACUCCCAAGCCCCUCCCCUCCACGCCCAAGCCCCUCCCCUCCACACCAGGCCCCGCCCCGCGGCCUCCUGCGCAACCUUGAUUGGAAACUUGACUUCCGUCCACUCCGCCUCUGGCGGGGGCGGCUCUGCGGGGGCGUGAGUGCCAAGUCUGAACCUGGGACUCACAUGCCCCAUGGCUGCCAUUUCUGCUGCCGCUUUGGCUGGAGUAGAUCAGGGACUGGGCAGGCUAUCCACUCCGGAGCCUCGAUCAACCCUGGAAAGUGAGUGCUGGCCCCUGAGGGUCCCCUCCAGUGCCGGUUAAUUAAACUUCAUUGCUUGU